UAAAAUUGUGUCUAAAAUUACUUAACAUCAUUAUAUUAUGAUUUGUUUUCAAUCAUUUGUGAUUUGUUAUUGUUAAUUCUUAAUUGCUGUAUUUUGCUACUAGUUUUUACUUUUUAAUGAUAUUUAUUUAUCGUUUAAUAUCUUAAGGCUUUUAUAAUAACGAUAUGAAAAACAAAUUCGUAAUUAGAAUCAACAUUUCCUUAGUCGUUAGUUUUAUGUUUUUGUGAAUUUUAACAAUUUACAUUAGCUUAAUCUGUAAAACGUAAUGACUCCUAACAAUUAUGAAUUAUUUGAAUCAAUAUAAAAUCCCUUCACUAAACGCAAUGCAUCAAAAUCAUUUUUCUAAUCCUACAAAUAAAAAUUGUUCACCUCGUUUUCACCACCAAACAACUCCAACUAUUGUUGACCGUAUUGUUUUUCCACAAAUGGUUAAUGAUGUCAGGUACCAAUCAAGUAACAUAUUUGACCCUAGACAUUUAGAUCUACAAAACACAUUGAAAUUAGAUUCUCAUUUCAAUGGCAAUGUGGAUUUUUUUAAAAAUCACGACAAGAAUGAGUUCUAUGACAAUUAUAGAUAUGUGGAAACUCAGUUACCUUCAAAACAAAAUUCUUAUAAAAAUUCUAGCCGCUCACAGGUUCUUGAAGUUAAAGCAAGAAUAUCAGUAGAUGUAUCUACUAUGACCGAUCCUUUAACAUUAGAAGAACAAGAAAGGCUCGGUCAAUGGGAAGGUUUUGCUGCUGUACAGUCUGGAAACAAAGUUGCUGAAUACUUGACUAGUUUGAGAGAAUUUCUUAAGUUAUCUCCUCCACAAGAAGGAAAAAGAAGACAAGGAUUGGGUGAUGUUAGGAUAGUUACAUCACCCGAUGGAUCUCGGCUAUAUUGUUGUUCUGAAUGCUUAAUGGCGUAUACGGAUAAAACAGUUUUGGAACAUCAUUUAGCCAACCACAAGGUAGAGCGUAGAUUUAUAUGUAUGGAAUGUGGAGCUGGAUUAAAACGAAAAGAGCACUUAGAUAGACAUCAAUUAAGUCAUAGUGACCAGAGACCAUAUACCUGUGCUGCAUGUCCAAAGACCUUCAAGCGUAAUGAACAUUUAGCUCGACAUUAUAUUGUACAUUCUGGAGAAAAAGCACAUGUCUGUGUAGAGUGUGGAAAAGCAUUUUACCGCCGUGAUCAUUUACAAAAACAUGUCCAGGGUCAUAUUACUAAAAGACUCAAAGCGGUGAUCAAUGCUGUUGUUUAAUCAAAAUAAAAAUUAGUUUAAGCUCACAUAAUUAUAGUGCCUUUCUUUACACAUCUAGUCAUUAUUACUGAACAGUGUAUUGUUCUGAAUAUAUUAGUGAAAUAUCUUAACUCUGAUUAAAUUGAACUAGAGACUAUUUAAUUGUUUUAUAUAUAUUUUAAAGUCAUCAAGUUGAAUCUAGAAAUAAUAUUAAAAUGACAUUAAUUCAACACAUUACAUUUUAUUUUAAACAUUGUUUAUUAGUUCAAUAUGAAUUUUUAUAAAAACCUAAGCACUUACAUGCAAUAUAAAUAUAUUAUAUAUUAUAUUGAUGGUUGAGAAUUAUACAAAACAAUUAAUGCUCAAUAGCUUAAUUUUCAAAGAGAAAAGUAUAAAAAAAAGUAAAAUGUGACAAAUUUGAAUAGAUAGUACAAUAUUUGGGCAAUGGUUCUAAAUCUAUAAUUGAUUAUUUUUAAUUAUUAAAUGCAACCUACUUUUAGAACAAUUGCCUGAACUGUGACAUGUAAUUCUUAAUAAAAUUUAGUUCUGCGUAGAUAAAUAUUAACUAUAAUACAACUCAUAUAGAUUAAGUAAUUCAUAAAAAAAAAGUUUGAAAAACUUAAGUUACCCGGUAAUAACAAUUUUGUAUACCUACUUUCAAAUAUGUUUUUAACAAAUGAUAAAAUUGCCCAUAACUAUACGUCUAUGCAUAAUUAUUCUUUAUACAUUUAAAAACUAAAGCUUUAUCUUAUUCUAUUCUGUAAUAGUUGUAUUUUUUACUCAGUGUAUUAAUAUUUGUUAAAUUGUUUGUUAUGUUUUCGUCAUAUUAUUAUUUUAGUUACCAUAAAUAUUGUAUACAGUUACCUCAUCUGAAAUUAUUAUGUAAUACCAUAUUAGUUAAUGUAUUAUGUAUUUAAAUUUUAAGUAUUUGUUUAUAAUACACAUGUUUAUUUGUUAAAAUUUAACUGUUUAUUAUAUAUUUAGAACUGGAUACAUCCUCCCAAUCCAAAAUAGUGAAAUUGUAAAAAUGGUAUGUACUAUAGGUAGUUCAUGAUUUAUCUAAUUGAUAAUAUUAGUUUUCUGGAAACUUGCAUUGUAUAAUGAUACUUUUUAAGCAUGGGAAUAUUAAAGUGUGUUUAUUAUAACAAUUAAAAUUUUUUAUUUUCAA